AACGUCACCUGGUUUCAAAGAGUUCAACCUUGGGUCUCGCGAGCCCGGAAGUGAAAGAUGGCGGCGCCCACGGGCAAGUUGUUAGUUCAUCGGAUACGGGCAGGACUGACAUGCCUGACCCAAGUCAGAUGGAGCAGGUACAGCCCCCAGUAUCUUGAUCCUGAAACAGACAAGCAGGUUUACAGCCGUCCCCUGGAGGAGCUAAGCGAGCAGGAGCGGACAGAACGAGAGCUGAAAAUUGUCAGACCUAUCAAAGCAGCGCCUUCCAAUGUGACCAGCUCUGUCUUUAGUGACCCAACUAUUAGUAAAUUCACCAAUAUGAUGAUGAAAGGAGGCAACAAGAAUCUGUCGCGCUCCAUUAUGAAUCAGACAUUAGAGCAAAUAAAGAGGACACAGCUGGAAAAAUAUUACAAGGCCCCUGAAGAGGAGAGGGCAAGCAUAGAGUGCAAUCCCUACACUAUCUUUCAUCAAGCUCUGCACAACUGCCAGCCCAUCAUUGGCCUUACCAGCAUUCUGAGAGGAGGCAAAUCAUACCAGGUCCCCACUCCAUUGAAAGAGAAUAGGCGCAGGUUCCUGGCUAUGAAGUGGUUAAUCACAGAGUGCCGCGACAACAAACACCGCCGGACACUAAUGUAUGAAAAGUUGUCCCAGGCUUUACUCGAUGCUUACCAGAUGCAGGGAGAGGUGGUGAAGAAAAAACACGAGUUGCAUAAAAUGGCUGAAGCCAACAGAGCGUUUGCUCACUUCCGCUGGUGGUAGGCAGUUACCAAGACUUGUACAUAGAGAUUUGUGUGGGUUUCCCUUUUAUCCAUGAGGCCCUGCAUGAUAUCCAAGAAUUUUUGGCUGAAAAGAAAGAUUCCUUUCUGUAUUGGGUAUGUCAAAGAAACCGCAUGUUGCAAGAAUCAAACCGGAUGGCACAGUAUGAAUAUCUGUCCCAUUUUGCUCUAUGGCUCUGUACAUACACACAGAAAAAGUACUUAUAAUGGGGUAGGCAAAAACAUCUUUCAAGUCAACAAAAGAUCCAAAAUGAAAGACGCAAGUGUAGUGUAGAAAAACUUUAUUAAUAAAAUUUACCAUAAAAGCAACUUCCUUUGUACAGGUGAAAUCAUUACAAAGGGUUUUUUUUUUUAAAUGUACGUCGUUCAGACAAUUUUUUAUUUUAUUUUAUAAAACAACUUUUUGAAUUACCCAGCAGAGUAUAAACUAUGUAUUGCCCUACACAAGAGGCGGUCAUGAUGUGCAGAGCAUGCAAUCCCUCUCUCCAUUUAGAGCACCAGGCUCUGUGUGGGUGCUGCCUGCUUCGUAUCUCUGCUUACAUGAAAUGGCGGCAAAUAUAAAAGAAAACCUGAGAGCUGGUGGCAGAGGAAGCCCACAGAUGCAUAUAUCUUACACCUACUGUGGCACUCAUGUGACAUGGCGGGAUUCAUGAAGUUCUGGCAGUUUACUUUUUCCUCUGAUCACAGUGAAUCUAGUAUGGUUAUAAGUUAUUCUUUAAAGGGCGAUUUCAAGCAUUUUGUAGCUUCUGUCGGUGGGGACAAAGCCCUCUAAAUCAUCUCCUCCCAUUUACCUUUCAGUGAGUAUUUCUUGCCAGUGCCUGUUGGUAGGUGUUUAAUGUUCCAAAAUUGUGACAAAUUCAACAUGAAAUUGAUUUUAAGGGGUGGUUGACUAAGUUAACUUUUGGUACGUUAUGGCUAAAUCUAAGCAACUUUUCAAUUGGCCUUGAUUUUGUUUUUUUUAUAGUUUUUAAUUAUUUGCCGCCUUCUUCUGACUCAUUUCAGCUUUCAAAUGGGGUUCACUGUUCCCAUCUAAAACAAAAGCUCUGUAAGGCUACAAAUGUAUUGUUAUUGCUACUUUUUAUUGCUCAUCUCUCUAUUCAGGCCCUCUCCAAAUAAUCUUCCAGUAUCUGAUUUGUAUCAAUGCAUGGUCGCCAGGAAAAAUGCAAAUGCU